CGCCACGCAGGGAGGAAGGAAGGAAGGCGACAGGAGUGGGCGGGGCCAAGGGGCUCCAUGGGGGAAAUGGGCUCUGGCCUCUUGCAAUCUGCCCCUGAGCCCCAUUCAGGCAGGAAAGAAAGAGGGAAGGAAGAGAAAGAACAAGCCAAGGAUAUAAAUGCAUUAUUAUUGUGACCUGGCUGUGUGGAAGGGCCCUCAGUGGCUUCAGAGACAGAGUCUGAGAUUUGCCCGGCUCCGGGGAGAGGCAGCGGGCGGCGCCAUGAACUUAGAGCGAGUUUCCAACGAGGAGAAGCUCAGCCUUUGCCAGAAGUACUACCUGGGUGGCUUUGCUUUGCUUCCCUUCCUGUGGUUGGUGAAUGUUUUCUGGUUUUUCCGUGAGGCAUUUCUGGCACCAGCAUAUACAGAGCAACUACAGAUUAAGCACUAUGUCCAGCGUUCAGCUGUGGGUCUUCUUUUCUGGGUGAUUGUGCUCACCACAUGGAUCAGCAUCUUCCAGGCGAGACGGGCCGGUUGGGGUGAGCUUGGCGACUACCUCUCCUUCACUAUCCCCCUGGGCACCCCCUGACGAAUCUCUCUUCCUUGAUGGCCACAACAUGAAGAUUUUUAAGAUUUUUAACUACAAAUGUAACUGGACAAUGCGACUGGGAAAUGAUUUUAGUAAGGAGACACUGAAGAUUUAUGUUUUUGGGACCUCUGGGGGGAGGUCAUGAGGGGGUGUCAGAGGGGUUACCAAAGACCACCAGAAAAUAUAGUAUUAUCUGUUGGUUGUGGGAGUUCUGUGUGGGAGGUUUGGCCCACUUCGAUCGUUGUUUGAAUGCUCUUUAAUUGUAGGUGAACUAUCAAUCCCAUCAACGACAACUCCCAAAUGUCUAUUUCCCCCAAACUCCACCAGUGUUCACAUUUGGGCAUAUGGAGUAUUCGUGGCAAGUUUGGUCUAGAUCCUUCAUUGUUUGAGUCCACAGUGUUCUCUGGAUGUAGGUGAACUAAAACUCCCAAACUCAAGGUCUAUGCCAGUGUUUCUCAACCUAGAGGUCGUGAGGGGGUGUCAGAGGGGUUGCCAAAGGCCACCAGAAAACACAGUAUUUUCUGUAUUGUCAAAGGCUUUCAUGGCCGGAAUCACUGGGUUGUUGUAGGUUUUUCCGGGCUAUAUGGCCAUGUUCUGGAGGCAAUUUUUCUCCUGACGUUUUGCCUGCAUCUAUG